UAACAUUUUGCUCAGUGUUGGGAUUCCCCGCGGAUCGAUCGACUGCAGGCAGUUGUUGUCCGCGAACGUUGUUGUCCACCGAAUUACGAUCAAAACGAUGCUGUCGAGUUUAAUGCAGAUGACACAGAUUCGGAGAAGGGAGUUGUCUUGACAAGGCCAUUGCUGAAGCUAUACAGUGGUGAACCACCAACUCGACUGAAUUGUUAACGUGCCGAUCACAAAUCAACAAUGGAGGGAUGGGAUCCGACGGACAAGUCAUGGGCAGAUGACGAUGCUGCCUGGCCUUCGAACAGUAACAUUGUCCGCAGCAUAAAGGUUGAGCGGUCAGACGACAGCCAGCUUUCUGCCGUGUCGUCUCAUAUGGGUAAUGAUGACGCCGGGCCUGGUUUGGCAGGAGAGUGCAGUGGCCCAACUCAGUCACACAACUCAGCUCAUCAAGCUUCUACCAGUUCCCUUGGCAGCACCAUAAAGGUUGAGCAGCAAGGCGCCUGCCAGAUGCCCGCUGCACCAUCCCAGCCCCCAAGUCCCAAUGAACAAGUCGAGUCCAGGCACCAGGAUGAAAUAAAACCACAAGUAUUGUCAACAGACAUUCAGUCUCGAGUGUUCCAGAGUUCCGAGAAGCCACCGCCAUCUUCUGGGAGUACAACAGGUACCAAGCGGAAGCAGGUGCAUAUGGACGCUCUGGACUGUUCUGAUUUGGCUCAGACUGAACCAGGAGCCAUGGCACUGACAAACCCGGCGGUGGUCAGAAAAUCAAGUCUGGAUUCCAACAAGGGUCUGUACCCCGUGCUUCGACCGUCAAGAUCUUUGUCGCAAGGAAACCCUCAGCUGCAAUAUGUCUCACCGAGGACGAAGAAACCGAGCCUCAGGAAAUUUGCCCUCAGUGAGAAGGAGAUGAAAUCCCAGUCGAGGAUUGAUAGUUUCAUCACUGUCUCUCCCCGUAAGAAGGCGGCAACGGACGACCUAUCAUCCGAAGGCAAGCAGUGUCCUGGAGUAGCCUCGCCAACACCAAGUAUUGCCGGUCAUUCCUCUCCUGCUGCUGCAUCGCCUUUCCCAAAGAAAAAUUUGAACACUCAGUUUGCCACCAUGGGCCCGUCUCAGUCUCUGUUACGAGAUCAGGUCCUGAGAAACACUUUACCCACACAUCAACAGCACAGGUUCGCUGGACCAUUACUCAGCCAUUCUGCCAGUUUUCCAAGCUCUGGAACCACAAGAGAAAGCAACGUUGUCAUACAUCCACCAAGUCAAAGAACGCCAACCAAGGAGCAACCCACAAAUCAUCAAUUCAGUCACCAGUUCCGAAGUCAAACUUCGUUAGUUGGGCAUAGUCCACAACAUGCUUUCCAUCCGUCAUCUCCUGGUUCCGUUGGAAGAACGGUGACUAAAUUGUAUGGCAGACAAUGCCAGAGCCCCUGCCCCAGCCCUGCCAAGUCAUCCAAGAGCACUGUGGAAUCGGACAUAGAAGAAUUCAUGAACGACAAUUCAUUGGACGGAGUUGACUUUGAUCUUGCCUUGACGCCGCCAGGCCCCAGCCCUUCAAAGUCUGUCAUACAUCCACCGCAUCAGGGAACGCCAAUCAAGGAACCACCCACAAAAAGUCAAUUCAGUCCCCAGUUCCAAAGUCAAAGUUCCGAAGUCAAAGGAAGAAGAACCAAGACUUCAGUGUACGGCAGACCAAACCAGAGCCCCUGCCCCAGCCCUGCCAAGUCAUCUAAGAGCACCAUGGAAUCGGACAUAGAAGAGUUCAUGAACAACAACUCAUUGGAUGGAGUUGACUUUGAUCUUGCCUCGACGCCGCCAGAACCCAGCCCUUCAAAAUCCGUCAAGAGCACUGUCGACGAAGACAUGCAGGCCUUUGAAAAUGACAGCUACUUUGACAGUAUUGAUCCAGAGCUCCUGGAUGAGGGAUCUGUCCAAUCUCAGCCCUCAACAUCCCAACCUCAAGCCAGUAAUCCUCCAGAUACCUUCGGCCUGCUCGGUGAUGGACCUUCACCUGGGUGCAGUGAGUCCGAUGGAGACGAUCCGCGAUCUGUCCACGGUUUUGACAGUCUCCCUCUGGAGGUCCUAGAAAGAAUCUUUUGCUUCGUACCCAUGAUGGACAUUAAACUCCAUCUCAGCCUGGUCUGCAAACGCUGGAACGAAAUCAUUUCAAAAGAAGACUUUAUGCCAUGGAAGAAGGCCUACAAUCGCCUGCGACUGAAUUCUCUCCGUGAUGUCCCAGACCAGCUGAAUCUCAUCAGCGGUGACUUGGAGACAACGGAGGAUACCUGCCUAUUGGCUCUUGUCAGGAGCAUGCCAAAGUUCAAGGGUCGCUAUAGUUCCUCCAUGGACAGAGAUCUUCAGAAGCACCCUAAGUACGACCUGGCUAAGGACAUCAUGAAGAGCAGAGCCCCAGAGCUUAUAGAAAAUGAGGCACCUAACCCCUGGUCCACCGUCUGCCUGCUGGUUCUCCUGUCUGAGACGGUCCAAGACGUGUCGCGUAUCCUGACCUUUCUCCUGCAUCAGACUGCGUCAUGUACCACCAUGGAGGUGAUGGAGUGUCUGUAUUGCAUCGCUGCCUAUUUGUGGAAGUACAGGAUGACCUUCAAGCUGAAUGGCGGGUGUCACUACCGUGUCUACCAUGCUCUGUACCUGUUUGAGAACAGUCACGCCGCUGUUCCUCUGCCCAGCGAGGGUUCGUCUGAUCACGGGGCAGUCUCUAGGAAUCGACUUCCAAGGCACAGCAUGCCUCCAACCCAUGAGCAGUGGCGCAUCAUUAACCACGACAUCGAACGUGGCAAAGUGGUCAAGAUUGUCGCAUUUGCUGGCACAGGUAAGACCUCCACUCUGGUCAAGUAUGCCGAGAGACGACCGGACACCUCAUUUCUCUAUGUGGCUUUCAACAAGUCAGUACAGACCCACGCUACGGACAUCUUUCCCAAGAAUGUGACCAGUAAAACAACGCAUUCCCUGGCGUACAAUAAAGUUGGAUUCAAGUACAAGAACAAGCUGCAGGCUUCCCUGAAUCCCUUCUUCGUACACAAGCUGCUACCAGCCCGUAAGCACAAUGAGCUUCACUGGCUACGCAACGCCAAUCUGGUCUGCAAAACCAUCCAACGCUUCUGCGCCAGCGCCGACGACUACAUCACGACACGGCACGUGCCUGCUGAGUACAGCACGUACACACAGAAUGGGGACGUGCUGGUCCAGGAGAGACAUUAUCUGGACCACACACAGAAAAUGCAAAUCUCAAACGAUGCUUCAGCUGCCUGGGACAAGAUGAUUAAUGAGAAGAACAAGGAGGCCAAAAUAACCCACGAUGUGUACCUCAAGCUGUUCCAACUCAAGAAGCCCUGGUACCUGGACUACGACUGUAUACUGAUCGAUGAAGCUCAAGACUUGACACCAGCCCAACAGGACAUCCUCCUCAACCAGCCGGGAUCCAAGAUCUUGGUUGGUGAUCCCAAUCAACAGAUCUACAGCUUCCGUGGGGCCACAGACGCCAUGCGACAGGUGGAAUGCGAGACGACACUCCAUCUAACCCAGUCUUUCCGCUUUGGUACGGAGAUUGCUUACAUUGCCAACUGCUUGCUGGAGAGGGCAUCCAGAAACAGCACUGGCACAAAACAAAUGCUUAUUGGUACAAGAGAACCAGGUCGCAUUGAUGGCGAGGAGGUCGGUAAAGUGGCGAUCAUAACUCGCUCCAACAUCACCCUGUUCAGCGAGGCUGUCAAGAUAGUAGAAGCAGACAACACAACUAUGCUGGCGUUUGCAGGGGGCAUUGACCGUUACGGUAUGGACGUCAUUUUGGAUAUAUACCAACUGCUUCAGCCUGAAAACAAAAGAGGAUUCAUCAAGAACAAGUACAUAUACACCCAAAAGAACCUUCCAGCUCUGAAGAAAUACGCCACCGAUACAGAGAACAAAGAUCUACUCAACAAAAUAAGGAUUGCUGAGAUGUACAACGUUCGUAUACCCGAGCUCAUAGAGAAGAUUCGGAGCCGAACUAAACCCGAGACUAUGGCAGAUAUUGUCCUGAGCACAGCUCAUCAGGCCAAAGGUCUGGAAUUCGACACGGUCAAGAUCGCAGAUGACUUCGGGAUAAGCGAGGCUAGGCUAUCUCCCUUAGUUGUCGUGGACAAGGAUGAGUUGAACAUGGUGUACGUGGCCAUCACAAGAGCCAGGAAGAGCCUGGUUCUCAACAACAGCCUGAUGAAGUUCAUCGGUGAGCAGCCUACGUGGGAGAAGUUCGCGUAUCCCGCACCAGCCAUGCUCCGCGAUAGGGUUGGUAGUCAAGAUCCCAACAUCUGCGUCGAAUGUCGCGAACAGAUCCCUGGCAACUGCGUGAUGCUGCUCAGGAAAAACGCCCGCAAAGUGGCUUACCCCACCGUCAGUCGAGCAGGCGGGCUUCUGUGCCUGGAAUGCUCACUUCAGAUGUACCCUGCCCUCCAUUGCAUUCUGGGAUAGGAGGCUCUUUGGUCGUCUAACAACCGUUUCAGACUGGCAUUGCAGACUCACGCUGUACCAUUAUUUUUCAACAGAAUUGAAUGAAAGAUGCAUAUUUGGCCAGAUUUAACCAAAAAUGAUCAUUUUUAAAAUUGUAUACUUACCAUUUUCAAAGGUCUGGCUCACAGACAAUCAGAGAAAAUGUAGGAAAACCCCUUUUGUUUGCAUCUGAUUGGCUAGAACUUUGUGGCCUUUUUCUAUACAUAUUUAAUUCAUCAAAUAUUGAUCACCUUCAAGAACAUUUUGAAAAGAAUACUGGAGUGAUGAGUGGUGCUCAAAUUGCUCUAUUAUUUGAAGACCAAAAUGUUGAACCUCAAAAUUCCUUUGCGUGGUAAUUAAUACACAAACACGGCAAUUUCCCAGAGCCUGCUUGCAAUGUUAUUGACAGCCACGAUAAACAGAAAUAUGUAUCACCAACAAAAUCAAAUUGGGGAUUGCAAGUAGGCACGGGUCUUUGAGAGAUUUUUCUUUCUACCUAGACCAACUCUUUUUGAUUUUGUGUUUUUUUUUCCUUUUUAUAUAAACAUAUUUAUUUACAUUUUCUUAAAAUUGAGUCAAUCCUUUUUUAACUGAUCUUUUACAUAUAAGACUAGCUCAGCACAAAAUUUGCUUGGCUAAAAUAUGUUACUAGCCAAAAAUGUCUUGCAGUUUUAAACUGCUUGCUAUUUUUGUUGUUGUUGUUGUUGUUGUUGUUGUUGUUGUUGUUUUCCAUCCAACUUUAAAGAUGUGAUGGAAAGUCAGGUAUAAGCAGGGUGUCACUUGAAAAGUAGAACUAUUUUCUUAGUUUGUUCUCCCAAAGCCCUAGAUCAUUUCACAAAGUAAGCCGUAAACGUGGCAAAGUGCGGGUAAACUUUGGAGGUGGUUGUUUGGACAUGAAAGUCAACAAAAUGAGAGUGCAUUCUAAUGUGUAACACUCAGGCAUAAAGUGCAACAGUCAUGUCAGUGUCACAAUGCUAGAUCACUGUAGCUGCUGAAAAUGACGUUAUAAACAAAUAAUGUAGUUCACGUAUAUGUACAAGUACACAUAUGUAGCGCUCGACUUUCUGUAAAAAAAAAAUUGUUUUUCAAAUUAACAAAUGAUAAAACAGCAGUAUUAUAAAACAACUAUUGGGCCAAGUAAAAAAAAAAAUAUAUAGUUGCUCGUCCGGCUUUUUAAAAAAAAGAAGGAGGUGGCCCCCUUUUUUCCCCCCAAGAUGCGGAUUUCUUAGAUGGCGCCAUAUGGCGGGAUCGAUUCUUCCAUUUUCUAGACCUUUCUACCAAAUUUUGAAAUUGCAUACGUAGUACAGUUGUGCUGGAAGCAAUACAGAUGACAAAAUAUAUUGGAAAGGUAUGAUUAAAAAAAAAUAGGCAGGCAAGAAAAAAGAAGAGGGUGAGGAAAAACUGGUUCUUUUUUGUGCUUGGCCUCAGAACAUGGUUUGUUAGUUUGCAAUAAAAUUAUGAACAUGUGGUUAUUAAAUUUUUUAUAGUGUCUGGCUGUUUGGUUUUCAUUACCUAUUGUGCUAUAUUAUUCACAACAGAUAUUUUUAUAACUAGCAGUAAAGAAUCAAUGGUAAUUGUACAUGAGCCCUCAAUUGACCAAUCGUGUGCCCUUUUUAAGUGGCAAACCUUUGUCCUUCAUGUAAAAUGCUUUCUGAUUGGACCUGCCAUUUUGUAUUUGACUAGCUAUAAACGAAGCCAUGGUGCCUUCACAUGUAAAGCAUAUAGACCGUUUGUGCAUUUAGUGUUGCUGAUAGGAGCCAUAUAUAAUGACGGGACGCUUUGUUUACAUGUGCGCUUUCUUGUGGGAGCUUGGUGGCUUUCGUCCCCAAUUGGCUCCCAUAGGAGAAGCAAAUGUGAACAAAGCAAGACGUUGUCAUGUUUUAGGCCUAGUAAAAUGACAUAAAAAAACACAUCCAUGAUGGCUCCUGUUUGGAAUCAGUCUGUUGGUUUUUUUUUAUUGAGUGCUUUAUAAUUAACAAUGCAAGAUAUUUUAAUCAAUGAACAAACAUUUUUGGUAAAUUUCAAUGUCUUCAUACCAAAGCUGAAAUAAGGUCACAUUGCAUCUGAUCAUUUGAAAAUCCACAGUUUGAAGACAAAUUUCCUAAAGAAUUUUGUUUCCUGAGCGUAUUUUCAUAGUGUAGAUUGCAUACAGAUUUUGUAUAUUGAAAUGCCAGUAAGAAAGUGGAUGCAAGAUUUUUGAGAAGAGAGAACGCAAUUUUGUUAAUUUGGUUUUUCUUCUUAAAUUUUUUUAUUAAGGUUUUGAUUUGUGCUUUUAUUCAGGGAAUAAAUAUGUGCUUGGCCAGUUCAAAACCAGUACAUUUAAAUCGGCUAUAGAGGCCAGCUAGUCGCGAACAAUGGCCUAAAUCCGGCCAAGCACAUAUUUAUUAUAUAAUCAAGGAGUCAAGUUGCUUUUCUAUGGUUAUAUAAAUGUUCUUGCCUUUGAAAAUAAAACGCAUAAGAAAGUCAUAA